UUAAAUCCCCAAUAGGUCUUUAUCAGUGCUGAUUACAAAGAUGGCUCUGAUACCAUCCAACUUUCGACGACUUUCGGAAUUUAAAUGACCACAUAGGAUAUACAUCAGGGAUGUGAUAAUUGGAUGUCUUUGACUGUUGGGAAACUCUGUACAAAUCUUUUAACAGAUUUGAAGGUUUGAUGGAAACAAGUGAGCCAACCUUCUCCAAACAAAUAGGCGAUUAGCUGUUAAUCUUUCAUAUAAAAUCUCAGCAAUGACUUGAAGAAAAUUUCGGAAUUUCAUUUUAUGGAAAUGGCCAAAAUACAUCACAUGAACCCAAUGGCCACGUCUAAGCACUGGUCAGACCUGCGGACGGAUGACGACAUCCAAUCUGCUGUGUCCACCUUCCUUGAGGAUGAAUCACAUAACCUAAGUGGUAAGACGCUACAUGAAAGCAUUGUGGAGGUUUCCAGGUGGCUCGGGACGCAGAUCCAGAAAGAACGGGAAGGUUGGGCCUAUAAGAUACGUAUGGCUAUGCAGGAAAUAGAAAACCAUCGCCGCGAGACAUUAAAAAUCCACAGUGUAAUCCAGGAAUGCACCAAUCAGCUGAGAUUGAUUGCUGAAUGCUGCAACAUGGACGAAGACAUCCUGGUGAAAAUCUCGCAGGAGGACACAAAGCGGGCCCUUCCUCUAUACAUUGAGUGUUUGGCCGAGUUGAUAAACACCUUAGUGGAGGACCGGUUACAAUGUCUGCAGCUCCUCAAACUGAGCGAGGCCGAUAUUGAUGGCCAAACAGUGUUUAGUAUGUUAAGUUUGCACUUGCAAAGGCUCGAGUUCAGCAAUAGCCAAACACAAAAAGAACGGGACGAUCAUGUGAUGAAACUGGAGCGUGAAAACACACAGCUCAUGUCCGAACUAAACCGUCUCAAAAAACAGUUUAACAAGAUGCAGGAGGACCAUAAGAAAUUACAGAUAAUAUUUCAGGCUGUUCAGCAGGACGAUCUGCAGGAAACAUCACAAUCCACUGCCAAAGAUGGCAGGGCAUCGCCAGUAAGUUUAGCAGCAGUGGUUAAAGGUGAUUUCAACGGCAUACAAAUCACGGAGGAAAAGCUGUUAAAACUUCAAUCGAGUGCAAAAAGACUGGAGAGUUCUCUCCAAGAUGCCCUCUCACAGAUCGACCAUUUCCAUAAUAAUACAAAAACUUCAUCAAAAUCAAAUCCCACAAGUAAGCAGUCAUCUUCCAAAAACCACAACUACAAACUUAAGCCGCUGAUGCGAGCUCGGAGUCCUAACAGAGAGUUGCCCAACAUUAAGCCUGCACCGCCAACAAAACUGGCCUAUACGCAAAGUUCUCACAGUGACAGGCAACCAAACUCCCUACAGAACACUUUCCUUGAGAAGACAAACAAAUCUUUCUCAGAUCGGAUCAAUCGGUUCCAAGUCUCGGACCUGUCUGGUAAUUCCGAUUCCAAAUCUCUUGACUUAAAUGAUCCACCUGUUCGUAUUAAAUGGCGGCGGCGAGCAGUCAGCCCUCUCAGUCUGGGUGCAGAACGGACAACGACUCUGAAGGAACGAUCUAUGCCCAAAAUGCAAGCCCCGCAGCAUACUUCAAAAAUGUUUACCUUCCGAUCUCUGGUGAAAUCUCUGGACGAAAUGAGGGUGAAGAAGUCAACGAAAAUGAAAGGGAAGGCACAACUAGAGCGGACUAGUGACCUGUUAUGGAAGGGAAACCUGUAGACAUGUGAACCUACUCUUCUGUUGAUGUCAACAAUUAACCAGUUGUUGAUGUUUACAGUUACCUUUCUUGAAGUCUACAAUAUGUAUUCCAGAUGUCUGGUUACCUCCCUUUGACAUCUUCAAUUACUCCAUGUGAUGUCUACAAUCUUUGAUGUUAAUGUUUACUGUUACAAAUGUACCUACUAAACCUACCAACCUUCUAUUUAUAAGUAUCUCUGAUGACUACAGUUAAGAUCCUUUAUGUCUAAAGUUAUUCCCCUUGAUUAAUGAAGUUACUUCCCUUGAUUUUCAUCUUUAUUUCUAUAUAGCUAGUUGAGUAUUCCCAUUGAAGUCUAUACAGUUUGUCCAUUUACUUGCCUUAAUGCAUAUAGUUACUUCCAUUCAAGUUAUUUACAUUGAUGUGUAGUUACUUCCCCUGAUGACUGCAGUUUCUUCCCUUGAAAUUAAGUUAUUCAAAUUAAUGUUCAGUUACUUCCCCUGAUGACUGCAGUUUCUUCCCUUGAAAUUAAGUUAUUCACAUUAAUGUUCAGUUACUUCCCUUGAUGUCUGCAAUUUCUUCCCUUGAAAUUAAGUUAUUUACAUUGAUGUAUAGUUACUUCGAUCCCUUCAUGACUGCAGUUUCUUCCCUUGAAAUUAAGUUAUUUAUAUUGAUGUUAAGUUACUUUCCUUGAUGUCUGCAGUUUCUUCCCUUGAAAUUAAGUUAUAACAUUGAUGUAUAGUUACUUCCCUUCAUGUCUGCAGUUUCUGUCCUUGAAAUUAAGUAAUUACAUUGAUGUAUAGUUACUUCCCUUCAUGUUUGCAGUUUCUUCCGUUGAAAUUAAGUAAUUACAUUGAUGUAUAGUUAAAAUCCUUGAUGGGUAGUUAGUUACAUUGAUGUAUAGUUAAAAUCCUUGAUGGGUAGUUAGUUACAUUGAUGUAUAGUUAAAAUCCUUGAUGGGUAGUUAGUUACAUUGAUGUAUAGUUAAAAUCCUUGAUGGGUAGUUAGUUACAUUGAUGUAUAGUUAAAAUCCUUGAUGGGUAGUUAGUUACAUUGAUGUAUAGUUAAAAUCCUUGAUGGGUAGUUAGUUACAUUGAUGUAUAGUUAAAAUCCUUGAUGGGUAGUUAGUUACAUUGAUGUAUAGUUAAAAUCCUUGAUGGGUAGUUAGUUACAUUGAUGUAUAGUUAAAAUCCUUGAUGGGUAGUUAGUUACAUUGAUGUAUAGUUAAAAUCCUUGAUGGGUAGUUAGUUACAUUGAUGUAUAGUUAAAAUCCUUGAUGGGUAGUUAGUUACAUUGAUGUAUAGUUAAAAUCCUUGAUGGGUAGUUAGUUACAUUGAUGUAUAGUUAAAAUCCUUGAUGGGUAGUUAGUUACAUUGAUGUAUAGUUAAAAUCCUUGAUGGGUAGUUAGUUACAUUGAUGUAUAGUUAAAAUCCUUGAUGGGUAGUUAGUUACAUUGAUGUAUAGUUAAAAUCCUUGAUGGGUAGUUAGUUACAUUGAUGUAUAGUUAAAAUCCUUGAUGGGUAGUUAGUUACAUUGAUGUAUAGUUAAAAUCCUUGAUGGGUAGUUAGUUACAUUGGUGUCAAAUGACUUCCCUCCAUGUCCACAAUUACUUCUUUUGUUACUGAGCUUUGAUUUCCAUUGAUGUCUAGUUCUUUCCCAUUAUGGCCACAUGCAGUUACUUCUAGAUGUCUAGGUUUUUUCCAUUGUUGUCCAGUUACUUCCCUUUAUGUCAAGUCACUUCCCCUUAUGUCCAGUUACUUCCCCUUAUGAGACUUUCUACUUAGUUAAUCUCUUAGGUGUGCAGAUAUUUUCAAGUGUGUCUGGUAAGCUUUCCUGAUAACAUAUUUAGUACUUUACUUAAAUUGUGUCACUCAAGGGAAAUUGAAAAGUAUUCCAGAGCGAAUAAAUAUUGUGCCAUGGAAAUGGAUUUGUUUGCUGUUGAAAGACAUGCACUAUUCCAUGAAGAUGGAUCUAUAUUAACAAGAAAGUAAGUAUUUCAUGAAAAAGGAUCUGUCAACUGUUGUCCAAGAAUCUAUUGUUAAGCUGUGUAUUUUCAAAAUGCAUGUAAA